UGAAAUUCUUCAACGACGUAUUUUGAAAAUUUUAAUUUUUUGUUUUUGUUUUCAAAAAUUCAUUGAAAAAAUGCCUACACCGAUCGAUACAACAAUGAUGACCGAUAUAACUAAUACGGAUGAAACAUCAUCAAUGCCAUCAACUUCGACAUCACCACCAUCUUCAUCACCACCAUCAAUAUUAUCAACGAUAAAAUUUCAACAAAUGAUUAAACAACAACAACAAUUUGAAAAUGAUCCGGGUAUUAAUAUUGGUCAUAUAACUGUAUCACAUAAUGGUUAUGUAAUUAUGUUAUCCGGAUUUAAAGGCUAUAAAGAAAAUUCAACUGCUUUUUAUCGACCAUCCGAAGAGAUAUGGAUUUAUGAUCAAAUGGUUGAAAAAUGGAUUAAAAAAACAUGUAAAACUGAAUCUGGUGAUAAAGAUGAUGAUAUGCCAUUAGAACGUAGCAAUGCAUGUGCAACAAUAAUCAAUAAUGAUUAUCUUUAUAUGUUUGGUGGUUUUUCGGAAGAAGGAAAUCUAAAUACAUUACAUCGAUUAAAUCUUUGUACAUUAAAAUGGCAACGUAUAAGACCUGAUGUUAGUGAUUUGUGUUCAUUUGAACCAUUACCAUGUGAUAAAAAUGUUUGCUGGGAAUAUGAUGAUAAAUUCUAUCUGUUUGGUGGUUAUGGUCCAGUACCGCGUAUUUGGAAUGAAAAUUAUCAAUUUCAAUUUAUAUUUGAUCAAUCAUCACAUUGGCAUUAUAUACGUGGUUGGAAUAAUCAAUUAGUUUAUUAUGAUCCAGAUUUAAAUCAAUGGAAAUGGCCAAAACAAUCAGGUCAAAUACCAACAGCAAGAGCAGCAUGUGCUGCAUCCAAAAUUGAUCAUCAACAUUAUGUAUAUCUAUUUGGUGGCCGUAUGAAUCGUGAACGUAUGAAUGAUAUGUAUCGAUUAGAUAUGCGUACAAUGUGUUGGACAAUGAUACAAUCAAAUAAUAUUAAUCAUCCGGUACGUGGAAGAUCAUGGCAUACAUUAACACCUGUAUCCGAUCAAAUGUUAGUACUUUAUGGUGGUUUUUCACAUGAUAAUCAACCGCUAAAAGAUUGUUGGAUCUUUGAUACACGAUCAUAUACAUGGCGUGAAAUUAUUUUGCCGUUUGAAAAACCACGUUUUUGGCAUUCAGCAACAUUAUCAACAUUUGGUGAAAUACUUGGUGGUGCAACAAAAGAAUUGAUUAGUUCUUAUCAUCGUAAUCCAAAAUAUAAUCAUAUAUUCGCUAAAGAUAUGUUUACAAUAAAAUUUCAACCACAAUCAUUAUUUCGUAUUUGUUUAUCAACAAUAUCCACCAAUUUACAAUUAUCUGAACAAUUAUUUCAUAUUUUACCAUUGAAUUUAUUGGAAAUUGUUUUCAAACGUUGUUUUGCCAAUAAUGAUAAUGAUUUACGAAUUCAAUUACAAAAAAUUAAUGAUAAUAUCGAUCACCAUGAUGAAGAUGAUGAUGAUGAUGAUCAAAUGAAACCAUAAAGUCAAUCAUUUAAAUCAAUUGAUAUAUUCAACCCCGGUGAUUCAUAUUGACCGGCAACAAACAAAAUUUUGUUAAUUUCUAAAUGUGAUAUCUAUAAAUCAAUCAAUAUAUUUCAAACAAACGAAAAAAAAUUUUU